AUGGCGGAGAUGACAGCCCUUGUUUAUGAACAAGAGCCGUUAUUUAAGGUUAUGGCUAAGUCGCUUCUGCAUACAAUGCAGUGCGACUUCUAUGACUUUGUCAUCGCGAGGUGUAAUUGUAGAAAGCACGUUCUGGCGGAGGCCACGAUCCGCCAUGAACCUAAUAAGAUUAUCGCCUCAUCCAUAUGGGGCACAGACCUCUUCCCCACUCCGGUCGUGGAUGAGGUUCUGUAUGAGGCCUCUAAAGUUAAUCAGAGCUUGAGGGUCAGAGUUAAUGCUAACAACCAUGGGAACAGCAAUGAAAACAAUAGUCUCUCCCUUCCAGCUCCUCUUCGGGAAUCUUCUUGGCAUCGGUCAGGCUCUCAGUCUGACCAUCAUAAUAUUUUGCCACAGGAGAAUGGAAGUGUAACUGGGCUGUCUGGGUCUGAAGUCAGUGACAGUGGCUUGACAUCUGAAGAUGAAGAUAGUAGGGCUUUGUAUCGAAAUGUGAAGAACUUGAGUCUAAGUCCAGGAGCACAGUCAGGAAUGCCAGGUAUUUUGCCUUGGACAUCCUUGGCGAACAUAGGCACUCAUCCUCGACCUCAGUAUCCUCCCUCCCCUCAGCAGUGUCAUCCUUCUUUUCCCCAUCAUAAUUAUCAGUAUUUACCCCAGCAAAACUUACCCAACAAUCAAGGAAGCAGUCGCAGUGUUGCCAAUUCUGAGAGCUCCAUUUAUGAUCGCUUAGUUUACAAUGAAUCUCAUCUUACCAACAACAAUCCUCAAGAGGCUGAUGAGCUGUGGAUAAACCAAGAGGGCACAGACCAUACUAGAGUAAGAAAGCCCCAAAAUGAGGCUGACACUGCUGGAUCUUCCCCUGAGCAUGCACCUCAUCCUUUGGGUAAUGACACUGAGUUCCGGUCAUUUGAGUCUUUAGUGUCAUCUGCUGUAAGGGCUAGUGUGGACCUCUUGCAAAGCCAUGUAGGAGGUGUGGUAUCUUCUUCAAAUACUGUCACUUCAUUGUUACUUUGUGCUAUACAUAGCACAGUGGUAGGGCAGAUACAGACCCAGGCGCAGUCUCUGAAUCUGCCCCAGAGUUUCCUGUUUUCUGUAGACACAGAGCUGAAGACUGCCCUUCAAGCCUUUGUAGGAAAGAGAUUAUUGGAAGUAAACAACGAAGUACCCUCUGUUAUUUCUCAAUUGUUAUUGACCCAGUAUUGUACCGUGUUGGUUCAAAGACUUCGAGAUACAAACCCCACAUUACCCCAGACACCCACCAAACUACCGCCAAACAAGCAGGCUCAGAUGAGUGAAGCAAACUGUGAGGUUGCUUCUUCAGCAGCUUCAGCUGUCCAUUCUCGACAUGCUCAAGAGAACACUACUGCCACGCAGACAGAAUCUUCAUUGUUCUCUGUUAUGCCCCAUCAACAUUCUGGUCAAAGUAGCAGCUCAUCAGAUAAUGUGCAGCGCCCAAAUUUUCAUACUUCACAUUCUGUCAGCAUGAUUUCAGGGGCUUCUGGUGUUUCACAUACUUCCAGUCUUCCUUCUCAUAGUACCUGUCACCCAUCUGUCCACUCCUCUAACCAUUCCUCAUCACCCCAUCCUCCUCCUCACAUAACAAACUCAAUGUUUCAGUCAUCUUCAUCUGCAAGUGGACAGUGGCAAGCCCCAUUCACAGUUCCUGUGCCAUUAUCUAGUGGCCCAUCUGGUGUAAGUGAGACCAGUCAUGAAGGUGAUGCUAGUAAUCUUCCAACAUCUCAGCCAGAGGCUUGGGCUGCUAGCUGUCUUGGGCAAGUGACAGAAAGUCCUGCCUCGUUAUCAAGACCAGAAUCACGCUCAGCUGCCAGUGCCAGUCAAUCUGGUUGUGGAGCUGUACAAGAAUGGGCUGAACCAGAGCAUGAAGAGGCUGUUAUGGAUGAAGAACCCCUCCUGCCGGUGUAUGAUUUGGCAGAAGCUGAUCAAAGUCAAGAUGCAGGAGAUGCAGCCGAGGGAGAUUGGGAAGAUUCUCAGGCUGAAGGUAUUCAAGCAGAUGCUGCAAGUGGCAUCACUGAUGAAAGCCCUGAACAUCCAAUCAGACUGCAGGUGGAUGUGGAGGGUAUGGCUGAAUGUGAAGCUGAUGCAGCUGAUGUAUCAGGACGAGGUGCUAUUGGCCACAUGCUGUAUGGUGACCAUCUUGUACAGGUAUUUUUCAGAUACAGUCAUACCUCGUGCAUUCACUUUGCUGGAUUCAUGAAUUCAUGGAUUCAUUGA